CGGCGAAAUAAAAUGUUGAGAAAAAAAAAACAGUUGGCCAACUUGCCUGUCAAAUUGAAAGAGUAAGAUUCGAGGUGAAGGUGGAUCACCCGAAAGAUGAAUUUUUGACACGUGUUCCCGGUACAUAACCUCAACGAUGGCGACGUCGAUUCCAAUCGCUGUUCGCAGCUCUAAUGGGAUAAAUGUGAAUUUGGGACCACCCAAUUUUGGAACCGUCGUCGAUUUCUCACCUGUUGUGAGUAAAUCUUGUCGUACCCUACUGUUUAGUCCCAAUGGAAGUUAUUUGGCUUACGUUAACGGUUUAGUUCUUAAGAUAGUGCGAACAGAUAUAUGGAAGGACGUUGCUGUUAUCGAGGGUACUAAAGCUUACCAUCUAGCUUUUUCACCAAAAGGCACCUAUUUGAUGAGCUGGGAAGUGUUUAUUGUCAAUAAGAAUCAUCCGCAGGGGUCACCUAAUUUGCAUAUCUACAAAACUGAAACUGGGGAACACGUUAAAAGCUUUGUACAGAAGAAACAAACAAAUUGGGAACCGCAAUGGAGCGUGGACGAGUUUUUGUGCGCCCGGAUUGUAAACACGGACGUAAUUUUCUACGAAAAUUCGAAUUUCGAGCGAAUCGUAAACCGAAUAAAUUCUUCGAAAAUUGUUUCUUACAGCAUCUCACCCAUGAUCGAUACUUAUCAUGUGUUGUGUCAAACUGUAGGCGGUGGACAAGGUCAACCGUCGGUUGGCAAAAUGUUCAAGUAUCCCGCUUUCGAAAACCAACAAGCACUAGCCAGUAAAAGUUUCUUCCAAGCUGACAAAGUCGAGUUUUAUUGGAACCCGAAUGGAAAUUGCGCCCUGUUACUGACGAUAACGGAAGUCGAUAAAACUGGGGGUUCCUACUACGGCAAGCAAGGUUUGUAUUUUUUAUCGAAUACAAACCAAACCGCAAUGGUUAAUAUGAGUAAAGAUGGGCCGAUUUAUAAUGUCGCUUGGUCACCAAAAAGUCAAGAGUUUUGUGUUAUUUACGGGUUUACCCCUGCAAAAGCGACUUUGUUCAAUUUAAAAUGCGAGCCAGUCUUUGAAUUAGGCACUGGACCCAGAAAUUCAAUCUAUUAUAAUCCCCAAGGCAACAUAUUACUAUUGGGUGGUUUCGGUAAUUUAAGGGGCCAGAUUGACAUUUGGGACACGAAUAAUAAAAAACUAAUCGGAAAAUGCGACGCUUCAGAUACGACCUAUUUAGAAUGGUCACCUGAUGGUACACAUUUCUUAACAGCAACAACCGCUCCGAGAUUAAGAAUCGGAAAUGGGUACAAAAUCUGGCAUUAUUCCGGUGUUUUAAUGUUUGAAAAAAGUGUUAAUCAAAAUGAAGAGUUAUACGAAACCUGUUGGAAAAAAUUCCCAUUAGGAGAAUUUAAAGAUCCGAUUAUAACCGAUGAAAAAAUCGAAGGAAUCACUUCAAGUCAACCGCAAGCGUCAAAGCAAGUUUAUCGACCGCCGUCCGCACGGAAUCGCGUUAUUAAUUUUAAAUUACACGACGACGAAGAAGAACCCCAUAAACCAGGUGGAGAUAAUGCCGCGCCAUCGAAAACCGCUUUAAAACAAAAAAAGAAGCGAGAAGCAAGGAAAGCGAGAAAAGCUGAAGAAGCCGGUGACGAUGACGUGCUUCAAAUCGCAAAGAUCGAGGUAAACUUGACGGGCGAUCCGGAUAAAGAUAAGAAAAUAAAGAAUUUAAAGAAGAAAUUGCAGGCGAUCGAAAAGUUAAAAGCUCAACAGGCGCAAGGAAAACAGCUAGAAAUUAAUCAAGUGGCGAAGAUUAAAGCGGAAACGGAGUUGUUGAAAGAAUUAGCGGAAUUACAAGUGUAAGUCUGUCUUAAAUUGCUUUAAAUGUUUCCCUACUUCUUCUUUUUCUUCACCUUAAAAUCGAAAAAAAAUAACGUUGUUGUCGCGAGUAAAUUAUUUUUUCGAUAUAUGAUGACAUGAUGAAAAAAAAUGAUAUGAAUAAAAUGAAUAAAAAUUAUUACUUUCGUUAAAAGUGUUUGUACUAGUUUAGUCUAUAUAUAUAACCUUUAAUGCUUUAACAAAGCAAAAUUAUGUUGGUAAUUUUUUUUGUUACUUUGAUAUUUGAAAUACUAUUAAUUUUGUAACAUCAUUUAGUUUCAGAAAUAUUGCAAUGUUAAUGGACAAUUCAUUGCUAUUCACCAAAGUCGAAAUAUUUUGGUAUCUUUUAUAUUUUACAUGUUUGAUAAUAUUAAUUAUUGAAUA